GAUAUAAUUUUUGUUUAUUAUUUAAAAAUUAAUAUUGCACCAAUUCUAUGAUUAUUAACGAUAAAAUUCUAUAUAUGUAUAUAGUUAUAUCUAAAACAUACAUACAUCUUUAAAAUACUUAUAAAUAUAUCAUAGAAAAAGUUCAUUUUUGUUUCUAAUUUUCUUCUUUCAAAUAUAUCGAAUAAUAUUUCAACAAAUAAAUUUUUCUUCUUUAUUAACUUCGGUUCUAUUAAUUUAUAACUAUUCCGUUCAUAUAACGUCUUCUAUCGAAGAUAUUAAAUAAAUAAAUCUAUCAUAUGGCAUUUAAAAUAGAGAUAAAUAUAUUAUAAUCAAUAAAUUAAUAAAAAAUUCAUAUUGAUGAUUACAAAAUUUUUAUCGAACUUUAUAUUGACAGAUAUUCGCUGUCGAAAAUAUAUCUUUGAAAUGAAUGAUAUGAGUUCAGAAAAAUUCAACAAUAGAAAAAGAAAAUAUCACGCAGGCAUAUAUUUUGAUUGGCAUUCGAUAAACGAUUGAUCCUUAACUCUUUAAUUGCACAUUAUUUUCGCGAAUGGGUCGAGUUCUACACAAUUGUUCUCGCCGUGUAUUUACAGUUGCAAACAGGAGCGGAGGAGAGGAUUUGAUGAAAGGUGGUGCUGUCGUGGCGUCCGCGCGCAUUGUGUUCAGGUUGGUGCGGCCGGUCACGUGACCGUCAAAUGGAUUUGCGUCAAUGGUGACCUCCGCGUUCGCGUAUCUCCGCACCCCGCUGUUCCGCAUAUCCCAUGGGCCCCAGCAAGAGACCCGUGGGACCAGCACUCGCCAACACCGGAGAUGAGGAAAUUGAUAUGGGCGAAAAGAUGAUGAUUGCUUACAGCGCAAUAAGUGCCGUUAUCUCUUGAUUUAUUUACAACCUUAGUAUACCGUACAUAUAAACUGCACGAACGAGAAUCGGACGUCGACACGACAUGGAGGGGGAGCGUUCAGACGAUAAAACUACAUGUAACACUCUCUGCUGCUCAGUAUGCAUUGAGAAAGGGAGAAGUGGCAGGUAAUCGUUGUUUUAUUUCUUGCAUUUUCACAUUCACGCGGAAACGAAAAAACGAUUAUUAAUUCGUUGACAAAAACUCAAUCCUACCAAUCAGAAUCAACGUCUUAUAAUUUCCUUCGUGGGGUAGUUAAUCUCUAUAGCGCAUGCGCAAUAAUGCGACGGUUUCACACGCUUCUUCAAUCGCGUUUCGAAGCUAUCAAGUUUUCACUGUGAAGUUUCUCUACGGAUACGAAUUGAUCGAAUUAAAUAAUAUUGUCCGAAUAUUCAGUGCUUCGUUAUUUCUACGGAUAAAACGUGCGAGCUGGAUGGAAGUAAACGUAAAAUUCGAAGAAUCGAAUUUAUACUUUCAAAGAUAGCCUCCAAUCGAAAAUACCACGUGAAGUAGCAUCAGUUUGUGUUGAUGCGAAAGAAUAUUCGAAAACGGUGUCUCUGAAUAUUCGAGUAAUAAAAAAAAAGGAUAAUAAUAAGAAAUUUAUUCGAGUGGAAAAGAAUUAGUUUGGAAAUCAUCGUUAAAGAUCACGAUAUACGAACGAGUAUCGGAAGCCACGCCUAAGAUGAACUCGUGAGCGUCGAUUGAGGUUAGCUUACUUUUAAAUGAACAUCGAGAUUUAAGUGCGUCCCUCCGUUCAUAGCGAGUGACGAUUUUAUUUGUAUACAUUGUGCGUACGUGUUCCGGAGGAGUGCCAGCUCGAAGAGAGGAAUAAUGUCAAGCAGUGUUUGCCACGCGCCUUUACCAGCACGAAUGGAAGCAUUCACCACGAGACUCUGUCUCCGUGCUGCUGAUCAGUAUGAGCGGCUUCUGCAAGCUCACUUCAACAAGGCUUCGAGUAAGGAGCAAACAAGACUGAAUCAUAACUCGAACCAUAAAGAGCAUCGAAAGCAAAAAGAUGCUUCGUCAAGCAGUACCUAUAGCGCCUUCCGUCAAUGGCGAAGGUGCACGUCUAUGGGUUCGAGUCGGUCUAAUAGUGUCGGCUCUAGCUCUACCGGGGCCCUUACCAAAUUAUCUAAUGAUCCAGCGACGAUACAAAAAAUGGAACAAUUCCCAUUGGUCCUUUCCGAUACCACUAUGCCAGAAGAGGAUCUAUCGUUGAAAUUUUUAGCAUUGAAUGCUUUGGACUUAACAGCACCGGCCAGUGACGUAUUAUUAAAAAAUAGAUUAAAAUCCUGGUUUCAAUUAUCUGGGCAUCCGGAUGGUUUUGCUCCCGCUGGACCUGGAACAGUUUGGAAAAGGAAAACGGGAGGAGCAGAAAAUACGGAAAGAAUGGUUUACGAAGCUCUUAGCAAAGAUAAAGAAUUGCGAGAUUGUAUACCAAGAUAUUACAGAGAAGUGGAAUAUAAAGGCGAUACUUUCAUCGAGCUACAGGAUUUAUUGUUCGGUUUCAAUGAUCCGCAUGUAAUGGACAUUAAAAUGGGUACGAGAACAUUCUUGGAAUCCGAAGUGUCGAAGACAACAGCUAGACCGGAUCUAUAUCAGAAGAUGAUCGCUGUUGAUCCGAAUGCGCCGACUCUGCAGGAACACGAGCAACGUGCCGUGACUAAAUUGCGAUACAUGCAAUUCCGUGAGCAACAGAGCUCAACUUGUAGCCACGGAUUUAGAAUCGAAGCUAUGAAAUUGCCUGGUGGCCCACCCAUCACUGAUCUGAAAAAAGUAAAGUCACAUCAAGAAGUGCUCGACACUAUGAAGCUGUUUCUUGGAACGUGUAAGCUCACGCGUGAAAAAUUACUUGCACGCUUGAAGAAUCUACGUUCAAAGAUUGAAAUAUCCGAAUAUUUCAAAACUCACGAGAUAAUUGGUAGUAGUAUAUUCAUGAUUUACGAUAAUGAUAAAGUUGGUGUUUGGUUGAUCGAUUUCGCUAAAACACGAGAAUUACCGAAUGGACAUCGGCUGACACAUAGAAAGCCAUGGGAACAAGGGAAUCACGAAGAAGGUUUUUUAUUUGGCCUUGACAAUCUUAUCUCUAUAAUCGAAGAAGUAAAUCUUUCAAAUGCGUAGUUUCCAUGUAAAAAUUACAUUAUUCAUUAGGAAAUUAAGUUAUGUAAAUAUUAUAUGGUCUCGUUUUAAAAUAACAUUUAUUAAUUAUUUUUAUUUAUAUUGAUAAAUUAAAUUAGAAAUAUUAAAUUUUUUCUUUGAAAAAAGUCUAUCAUAUAUUUUGCAUAUAUUUUCUAAUAUAAUUGAUAUUAAUUUUUAAAAUAGUAUAUUAAUACUUUUAUAAAUAAUUAACUCUUAAUAAACUUGUCAUCUUUGAUAUGAUAUUUAAUAUUUAACAUAUCAAAUGUUAAAAUAAUUGGCUGGAUAUAUGUAUAUAUAUAUAAGGGUUAAAUAUUUAUUUAGAAUUUUUCAAACUAGUAUGCAUUUUUCUAUAUUAUUUUAUAUCAAAAGAUGAGACUGCAUGUAAAAUACAUUAGUUAAAUAAUUAAAUUUAAAACAAAUGCUAUUGUAAGGUAUUUGAAGCACAAGACUGCUUAUUAUUGCAUUUUUUCUAUGAACAAUUCUGGCCAAAAAGAAAUUUUAUAAAUAAUUCUUUAAGGCAUAUAGAAUGUACAAACUUUAUAUUGAUGUACAAAUAUAAUGCUAGCUACAUAUAAUCGUUUAAUAAUUAUUUAUGAAAAGUUAGAUUGUAAAGUUUUUUUAAAUGAAAUACUCGCUGUAACGAACAAUCUUUUGCAUAAAAAUAUAAUAUUAAAUUAUUUUCUUGUCUAACUGCCAAGAAUAUCAUUAUAAAAGAAAUAUUAUUUGUAAUGAAGCAUUUGGUUUAAGAUAUAUAAAUUAUAUAAAAUGUUUUGUAGUAUAUUAAUGUAAUUCAUAAUAAUAUUCGUUCUUUUCGUGUUAUUACCGAUUAUUAUACAUGUGUAUAUAUAUAUAUAUAUAUGUAUAUGAUCACAUUAAGCAAGAUAAUAACAAUGUUAUUGAACAAUAUAUACAAACAUUUCAAAAAUUGUAAAAAAUCCUCGAAUUUAUGUUAUUAUACUUUUUAUUGAUAUUAUAUUUUACAUUUAAUAAUUCUAGUAAAAAAUAAAGAAUAAGUAAAUAUAUAUGAAAAAAA